AUGUCUUCCAUUUUAAAGCAAAGAGUGAGAUACGCUCCAUACCUCAAGAAACUCCGCACCCCAGAACAGUGUAUUGAGCUUUUCGAGCACGGCCAGUACUUGGGCUGGUCUGGUUUUACCGGUGUCGGUGCCCCUAAGGUUAUUCCAACCGCCCUUGUGGACCAUGUCGAGAAGAACAACUUGCAAGGCAAAUUAGGCUUUAACUUGUUUGUUGGUGCUUCUGCCGGUCCUGAAGAGUGCAGGUGGGCUGAAAACGGUAUGAUCUUGAGAAGAUCUCCCCACCAGGUUGGUAAACCAAUUGCCAAGUCCAUCAAUGAAGGCAAGACGGCUUUCUUCGACAAGCACUUAUCCAUGUUCCCACAGGAUUUGACCUACGGAUUCUAUACCAGAGAGAAGGCAAACGACUUGUUGGACUACACCAUUAUCGAAGCUACUGCCAUCACGGAGGACGGUUCCAUCGUUCCAGGCCCAGCCGUUGGUGCCUCCCCGGAAAUGAUCUCCUGUUCUGACAAGGUAAUCAUUGAAGUCAACACCAAGACCAGAUCUUUCGAAGGCUUGCACGACAUUGAUAUGCCGGUCCAGCCACCUCACAGACAACCAUACCCAUACACCUGGGCCGGCCAGAAGAGCGGUGUCACCGCCAUCCCAGUCGACCCAUCCAAGGUUGUAGCUAUCGUUGAAUCCCACACCGGUGACAAGGUUCCACCUAACACUCCAUCCGACCAGAUGUCCAGGAACAUUUCUGGUCACUUGAUUGAGUUCUUGCAGAACGAAGUCAACCAGGGGAGAUUGCCAGAAAACUUACAUCCAUUGCAGUCUGGUAUCGGUAAUAUUGCCAACGCAGUCAUUGAGGGUCUUGCAGAGUCUAACUUCAAGAAUUUGACUGUCUGGACCGAAGUCUUGCAGGACUCCUUCUUGGACUUGUUCGAGGCUGGUUCCUUGGAGUACGCUACUGCCACCUCUAUCAGAUUGACUGAGGACGGAUUUGAGAGAUUCUUUAAGAACUGGGAUACCUACUCCCAGAAGUUGUGUCUUAGAUCCCAGGUCGUCUCCAACUCUCCGGAAAUCAUCAGAAGAUUGGGUGUCAUUGCCAUGAACACACCUGUUGAGGUUGAUAUCUACGCUCACGCCAAUUCUACCAACGUUUCUGGUUCCAGAAUGUUGAACGGGUUGGGGGGUUCCGCUGAUUUCUUGAGAAACGCCAAGUUGUCUAUCAUGCACACCCCAGCUGCCAGAGCCACCAAGACUGACCCAACUGGUCUUUCCUGCAUCGUGCCCAUGGCCUCUCACGUCGACCAGACCGAGCACGAUUUAGAUGUUAUUGUCACCGACUUUGGCUUAGCUGACUUGAGAGGUCUUUCUCCAAAGGAGAGGUCUAGAGUCAUCAUUAAGAACUGUGCUCACCCAGAUUUCCAGGCCCAAUUGAUGGAAUACGUCGAAAGAUCCGAGUUCUACGGUGCCAAGAUGAAGUCCUUGCAUGAGCCACACAUUUUGAAGGAUGCCUUCAAGAUGCACAUCAACUUGGCCGAAAAUGGUACCAUGAAGUUGCCCUCUUGGGAUGCCAAGUUCUAA